AUGACAGUCGUGCAAGCCUCCCAGGUGAAAUUGUCCUCCGAGCACCUAGGGCUUGCUCGCAUCGACGUCGCCAGUCCUUCCGGUGUAAUUGAGACUGCCAACGAGCUCCUGCAACAGAAUCAUGACAAGUACCACAUGUAUUUCCGCGACGUCGGGGGCCACAACCACAUCGCACACUCGGUUCUGACGGUCCUCGCCAUGGGUGGCGGCCCCAAGCAGCUGCAGCGGGCCUACAAUGAUGGGGACGACUACCAACGCCCCCUGCCCCCCUUGGACCCAGCCGUUGUCCAGUCUCUCCACGAUCAGGAGCAGUUCCGCGCCCGAAUGCUCGAUCUGGACCAGUACACCAACUUCCUGCACUUCUUCCAAAUCGAAAUCGAUUCCAAGGGCUGGCGGGCCGUGCUGCAAGAAUACUGCUUCAGCCGCACGCCCCUCGCCGAAGCCAUGUUCUCCCAGCUGUACGAGGGACUCUUGCACCCGAUCAUCCAUCUCGGCUUCGGCAUCGAGUUCGAGCAGCCCAGCAUUAUCGCAGAGGGUCUCGCGCACGCAGCCUCCCACGACCCCGGAAACAUUGACACCUUCUUCCACCGCGCUGAGCAGCUCGCGCAGUCCGGCUCGGUGCCUGCCAAACCGCUCGUCGAGCUCUACGAGCAGGUCAGGGCUAACGACAAGACCCGCACCGCGGGCCGCAUGCAGGAUGGGCCGUUCCGACUGCGCGAUGGCCCGUUGGCUCGCUCAAUGGACGAGAUCGUGGCCAUCGCCGCACAGUUCCAGAUCACGUCCGGGGACCAGGCAGAUCUUGAGCGCCGCACGGCGGAGAUGAUCAACUGCGCUGCAUACAGCGCGGGCGCGGCGCAACGACCCGGCAAGGUACGCAAGGUGGACUUCUUCAUCAUGCACGACGUCACCUGUUCAAUUUUCCUCAGCGUGUUGAUCCGCCAGGCGUGGAUUUCCCUUGAGGACCGCGCACGACUGGUGGAGUGGAAGGCGCGGCUGGAUCUUGCGUGGUACGCGGCGAAUGGGGCGGCCAAGCUGCGUCUGGAUGAUAUCUCGGGGUAUGAGCCGACAGAGAGUAAAGGGAUGGGCUGGCGCGAGCUUUACAGUGCCGUUAAUGAGGUGCAUGACGAUGGUCACAUUGCUAAGUUUGUGCGGGCGUUGAAAAAUGGGGAGGAGGCGUCGAGGCCGUUUGAGGCCGAAGGGGGGGAUUCCUUUCCGGUGACUGGGGAUCUGUGGUUGAGGAUUGCGCAGAUGGGGUAUGAUACUACAAAGAAUGGGGUUGAUAAUAGUGAUAAAUGGGUUUGGGGAUCUGGGUUUGAUCUGGCCUGGAUGAAGGUGCCGGACUCGGAGGAGUAUAUUAGUUGA